AUGGCUCGGAAACCUCAUUUUACCCUUGCGGGAAUAGCUGUAGCGGCUUUCCUAUGCAUAUUCUUUGUACUCACAUUUCGCAAUCAAAAUCAUGGAACAAGAGCUUUAGAUUAUGGCACAGAGAGUGAUUAUAAUACCGAAUUUCCCUUGGAUAAAACACCAAUCCUUGUCGAUAAUAAUGUUCUCCAUGGAGCCGCCACUGCUCCUAAGUUGGAGAAUGCUACUUUGAAAGCAGAACUCGGCCACGCAGCCUGGAAAGUCUUACACACGAUGAUGGCGAAAUUCCCCGAUAAGCCUACAGAAGAAGAUAGCUCGGCUCUAAAAUCUUACAUUCAUCUCUUUGCUCGCCUCUAUCCAUGUGGCGAUUGCGCUCGCCAUUUCCAAGGGCUGUUAAAGAAAUAUCCGCCGCAGGUUGCUACGAGGAGUACGGCCGCGGCAUGGGCUUGCCAUGUCCACAAUGAGGUUAAUAAGAGGUUGAAGAAGGAAAUAUUUGAUUGUAGUAAGAUUGGGGACUUUUAUGAUUGUGGAUGUGCGGAAGAUGGGGAGCCGGGGAAGGCUGGAGUGGGAAAGACGGAGGUUAAGAAGGGAGAAGGAGAAGGAUUUACUCCGUUGGAGUUAGAUAAGGAAGGUUUGACUCGAGGGGGUUAG